AUGAAUAUGCUUUGGGCAUUUGUUGAAUUGAAUUGGGAAAUUGAUCUCAAAAAGUUUGCAAUACACCAAGGUUAUCAAACUGAAAAUCAACUUUCUUAUUUUAAAAAGUGUAAUGAUCAUCAUAAAGCAUGGGAUUCAAUUUGUAAUAUAUAUCGUGAAGCAAUGUCUUUGGAGCUUAUAUGGCCAUAUGUAGAAAGCCAACCCAAUCCAACAGUUGAUGGAUAUAAUCUUGGGUUAAAGAGCAACAGGAUCUAA